CACCAUAAUCUCAGAAACCAAACAUCCAGACUAGACUAGGGUAACAAUGGAGCUCUCUCUGUGUCACACAAAAACACACAACUUUUGCUCUUCUUCUAUCCGCACACACAAAACCAGAGACCCUUCAACUCUCAACCCUUCUUGGGGAUUGAGACUUAGGCCAUGGCAGAAUCAUGGGUUAAGCUUAAUGCAGCAAAGAGUGGAUCACAAGAAAUCAUCAUCAGCAAUGGUGGUUCGAUGUGUAGACACCGGUUGUUCGUCGGGGCCGGUGAGCGAGAUAGAAGGAGAGCUGGAGACCGAGAUUCGACCAGAAGACGGAGCAGAGGAGUGGCUGAGAGUAGGGAGGCUGAGAGAGAAGUGUGGAGACAGAGGAAUGGUGGAGCUGUUGGAAUGUUUGGAACGUGAAGCCAUCAUGGGAGAAGAUGAAGGCAAGGAACCCAGUGACUACAACAGAAGGGCUCAGAUCUUUUAUAAGAGUUCCAGAGUUUUCCAGGCUCUCAAGGAACGUAACCAGUCUUGAUAUUCAUGUCCAAUCUUCAUUACAAUGCAACGAUUGUAUUGAUAAAUUGUUAUUUAAGGAAUCAAAAAUGUUAUAUCUUCUUGCAGCAUGUUUCAAUUUCAAGCAA